AUGAUCGACCUCUGGGAGGACAACAGCUACACCAGUCUGAAAGACCUGCUGCCGGAUUCGCCGCCGCUGGCGGCACCGACUGCGGCGAUCAGCCGCGCGGAAAGCUGGCGCGAGAUCCACAUCAAGGAUCCACUGCUACAGCACGCGGCGUGGGCGUACCUGCAGCCGAUGGCGGUGGAGCGCUGCGGCAGCGAGCGAUGGUGGAGGGGCUUCGCCGGGAAGUGCUGCAGGCUGCUCGGGUGCCUCAACGACGUCGUGAUGAUGGUGUUUGGGUUCGGCGGGUGGGAGCGUACGGCGGAUGAUAAAAGCUGA